GCGUGGGCGUUCCUGCCUCCGCCAUCAUGCCGGGGUGGUGCAGAAACUCCGCGACGAGGAAAACCCUAAGCGAGCGGAAGAAGUAGCCAGGACACCCCGGUACCUUUCAGCACCCGUCUCUCCGUCCGUCCGCGCACGCGCGCGUCCAAUCCUGCGUGAUCUCUACGACAGAGCCGAGCUCGUGCACCUCGCUGCCCUCCUUCCUCUUCAUCCUCCUCCUCCUCCUGAUCCGGCGAACGGAGCGGAGCCGCACCGAGUGAUGCUGCUGCUGCUGCGGCCCGCGCUGCCCUCCUAAAUCACCACAGCCCCAUGAACAUGUCCAACGCAGUCAUGGGUCUAAACCCCACCGACAGGUUCAUCAAAUCGGUCCCGUUCCCGCUGAGCCACAGGUUGAGUAUGCGGGAGGUGUUCGACUGUGAGGGAAAGCCACGAGUGGACCUGCUGAAGGCUCACCUCACUAAAGAGGGCCGUGUGGAGGAACCUGUCGCCCUGCGCAUCAUCAACGAGGGAGCCUCCAUCCUGCGACAGGAGAAGACAAUGCUGGACAUCGAGGCUCCCGUUACAGUGUGUGGAGAUAUUCACGGGCAGUUCUUUGACCUGAUGAAGCUGUUUGAGGUUGGAGGCUCUCCAGCUACAACGCGGUACCUCUUUCUAGGGGACUACGUGGACCGAGGUUACUUCAGUAUCGAGUGUGUUUUGUAUCUCUGGUCACUGAAAAUCCUCUACCCAAAGACGUUAUUUCUGCUGCGGGGAAACCAUGAAUGUAGACAUUUGACUGAAUAUUUCACAUUCAAACAAGAAUGUAAAAUUAAAUACUCCGAGCAGGUGUACGAUGCGUGUAUGGAUGCGUUUGACUGUCUGCCGCUGGCAGCUCUGAUGAAUCAGCAGUUUCUGUGCGUGCAUGGUGGUCUCUCACCCGAGAUACACACGUUAGAUGACAUCAAGAAGCUGGACCGGUUUAAAGAGCCUCCAGCCUUUGGUCCCAUGUGUGAUCUUCUGUGGUCGGAUCCACUAGAGGACUUUGGCAAUGAGAAGUCGCAGGAGUAUUUCAGCCACAACACUGUCCGCGGCUGCUCGUACUUCUACAGCUAUCCUGCGGUGUGUGAGUUUCUACAGACUAAUAACCUGCUCUCAGUGAUCAGAGCCCACGAGGCGCAGGACGCAGGUUAUCGGAUGUACAGAAAAAGCCAGACGACAGGCUUCCCCUCUCUCAUCACUAUCUUCUCCGCUCCCAAUUACCUGGACGUGUAUAAUAAUAAAGCUGCUGUGCUAAAAUACGAGAACAAUGUGAUGAACAUACGUCAGUUUAACUGCUCGCCACACCCUUACUGGCUGCCUAACUUCAUGGACGUGUUCACCUGGUCCCUGCCCUUCGUAGGAGAGAAAGUGACUGAGAUGUUGGUGAACGUCCUUAGCAUCUGUUCAGAUGAUGAACUCAUGAAUGAUGGCGAUGAGAUCUAUGAUGCAAAUGCUGCAGCCGCGCGUAAGGAGGUCAUCAAGAACAAAAUCCGUGCCAUCGGCAAAAUGGCCAAAAUGUUCUCAGUCUUACGUGAGGAGAGUGAGAAUGUGUUGACUCUGAAGGGUCUGACCCCGACCGGCAUGCUGCCCAGUGGAGUUCUUUCUGGAGGAAAACAGACUUUACAGAGCGCUACCAUCGAGGCCAUUGAAGCCAUCGAGGGGGUUGAGGACGGAGAAGCUAUCCGUGGUUUCUCCCCGCAGCAUAAGAUCAGAAGUUUUGAGGAGGCGAAGGGUCUGGACCGGAUAAACGAGCGCAUGCCGCCGCGCCGCGACGUGCUCAACAGCGUGGGGCUGUCUAUGGGCCGCAUGAACAUGGCCGAGUCCAACGGCACCGACGACAACAGCAACCUUCAGUGACUCCUCAUCAUCAUCCUCCUCCUCUUCUUCAUCCCCGUCUGUGCUCUCGCUCUCCCUUAUUUUUUCCCCUUAUUCCAUCCGUCUGCAUUGCUGCUUUUUUUUCUCUCUCCCUCUUCACAGUUGACGACCAGCUGUGGUUUGAGAUGCGGCCUGAGUGAACUACGGAUGAGCCAGAAGUGUUUUUAUUUGGAUUUGAAAGGGAGGAUGUAAAAAGCGUGUGAUACUGGGAGGAAGUGCUGGAGGAAGUGCUGGAGGAAGUGCUGGAGGAAGUGCUGGAGGAAGUGCUGGAGGAAGUCCUGCUCUGAAGCUCGGUCUGGUCGUGAUUUAGUGAAGAGGAAGAGAGAGACGAGUGUGUGUGGGUUGUAUAAUGACAUAUUAACUACAAACUGAUAAUAGAGUGUUGGAGCGCUGUUUUCUUGGAUAAGUUUAUGUCUGCUUUCUGUGUGUGUGUGUGUGUGUGUGGGUGUGUGGGUGGGUUGGUUGACUUGUGUAAUUACAUUGUAAGGAAGUAGGCUUAAUCACAGAAGACUAUUCCUCUUUUCCUGCCUGCUGGAAACUGAAUAUUAUGGCGUCUGCGAUAUUCAUUCACUGUCAGAGGAGUGUGUGUGUGUGUGUGUGUGUGUGUGUGUGUGUGAGUGUGUGUGAGUUUGAGUGUGUCAGGGCUGUCAGUUUCAUUAAAAAAUGGGGGGGGGGGAUGGGGGGCCUCUGUUCUGGCUGCCAACAUGGACAUGCUGCGAGAUAUUAAAGAAUAUUUAGUACGUACAGCCCAGAUUACAAUCCUGCUCAGCAUGACAGCUAAUGAUCGAUAAAAAAAAAAAAAAAAAUACUGUCACACUUUUAACCUGAUAAACACAACAGCAAUCCAAGAAGUAGGAAGAAAUGUGAAGUUUUUCCAUCGUGAUAAAUUCAGCAUGUAAGGGUGUAACACAAAGCCAUUGCAGACCCCAGGUAGAGCACUACACGCCCGUGAAUAAGAGUCUGCUGGAAAUGAAUAGAGAAAUACGUGAUAAUUGAGAUGUAACCAAAUAAGAUAAGAUAAGAUAAGCUUUAUUGAUCCCACACUGGGGAAACUCCUUCGUUACAGCAGCCCAAUUACACACACACACACACACACACACACACACACACACACACACACACACACACACACACAAAAAAAAAAGAUAGGAAAGAAUACACAUUAAAUAGGAAUAGAAUUGAAAAAGUGUCUAAAAAUAUAUACACAAUAGGAAUGGAACAUAAGAAUAAUAGUAGUGAAAAAUAAUAAUAAUGGUAAUAUGUACACUAUGAACACCUCAAUGUAUGUACAGAUGAAUACAAAUAUGAAUAUAUACAGAUCAGUAACACCUCGUGUAUAUACAUGAAUGGAUUAUUGCACAGUUAACAAUAGAGGGUGAGCAACAAAUAAUAAUAAAUGAAUAAAUGUUCAUAUCGCGGAAUUAUUGUGAAUGUGUAGGUUGAUGAUGCAACACAGCUAGCAGUGCGGAUUGAACGGAGAGUAUAUUUCUAAACAGAUACGGUUGUUGUUGUUGUUUUUUGUUGUUCGUUCGUUGUUAAGAAAGCUUGCCAGAAAGGUUCACCGGAAAUCAAGUUGAGACCAGAUCCCAUCACGGAAAGUCACGUGGUCAGCUUGGAUGGGGUUUAAAUUGAACAACUAGUUUGUUUAUAUUCGCAGGAACAAACAGGAAGAUACAAAAAGUAUAGAUUUGUGAGUGGGAUUUAAAAAAACAACAACAACAAUAAAAACAAUCCCAUGCAUAUGGUUUUAGGUUUCAUAUUUAAAUGAGACAUUAAGAAGAAGAAGAAAAAAAACAAACAUAGCCACACCCAGUUCAGAAUUAAAUCUGAAUACAGACACAGAUAGUAGUGUUGUGUUGCGUCCCUAAUAUUUUCACUUUUAGCAUGUGAGAAUAAAGUUUCAUGUAAAUAUCGUGUUUAUUCAAAGCCCUUUUAAAAAAAAUAAAAUAAAUAACGCCAGCAUCAAAAAGUCUGAAUACAUUUUAAUUCACAGAGUAAAAGAAAACGAGGUCCUAAACAAUCACACAUUCAGAAUUGUCUCAAAUUUCAAUGGUAAAAUUUGAUCCGACAGCCCUACUGUGUGUGUGUGUGUGUGUGUGUCUGUCUAUAUAUAUAUAUAUAUAGUAUAUACUUUCUCAGUCUCUAGCUCUUCUAUACCAUGUUUUGCUACUAGUAUUUAACAGAUUAGCCUCCAGUGCCGUUCACUGAAGACCAGGACUUGACAAAAAGACGCCGUUCAUGUUUACUCGUCCGCUCUGUGCGAUGUUACGCUGCUGUCGCCGCGUUUUACUGAAACCGCUGUAAUCACUCAGCCGUAGGACCCGAACACCUGCUGGACUCAAAAAGAGACGCACACAUUCACAUACCAUGUUUAUAUCUGUAACAGUCGAGGAGGAUCAGUGGGAUUAGGAGGUUCUGGCAUUUAUGGACAUUCACACACUGACAUUCUUUGUGCAAAUAUAUACCUACUGUAUGGUCUCAAUCAGGUCCUGGCCUGCCCAGCUGCAAAAGACUGAUCCGGCUACCGCGUAACAAGCCUUGGGAUCUUGCUUUGUAAAUAAACUGUAAAAGGUUUGUUUGUUGUUUUUUUUUUCCACAUUGAUUUUUUUCUAUUUAAGUGCACAUGAUUUAUUUAUGUUUAUUUUCAUUUAGAAUUUUUUUUGUUUUUUUAUGGUUUGCUGGUUUACUGUUGCUGUACAUUUCAGUGACAACGCUUGUGAGUUUAUUAUUUAUGAUUUCUUUUGUUUCCUCUCCUCUGUCCGUGUACAGAAGUCGUUCGGUUGCGUGAAUGAUCGUAAAACUGUUUGAAAAAGCCAUCCAGGCUGCAUGACUGCAUGGGAAAAUUCAAACAUGUCAAGCAAAUACAGACGCGCCUUCUCGCGUCCUCAUGUUUUUAAGAAGAUAUAUUCCAGUCAUCAUUAUUCUCUUCGAUAUUCUUCUUGUUUAUUAUAAAAAUGAGCUUUCUGCUGUUUCUGGCUUCUCUUCUCAUUUGGUCACUCAUUGUAUUUUACUUUAAAACUGAAAACUGAAGCGGUUCAUGAGUUAUUUGUGAUUCUCUCUCCUUCUUUCUCUCUCUCUAUCUCUCUCUCUCUUUUUCGUAUUUUUCUCUUAGUUUUGACAUUUUGACUUUUGAUCUACACACAGUGUACGCAUGCCCCAUGGGACAAAUCUCUUUUUUUACUCUUGAAUAAAAUAUGCAUGGACCUUUAG